AUGUCUCGCCCAAUUGAGCCAUUGAAAGAAAUCAAUAAUUCCAAAGAUUUGUGGAAGAUCGCAGUUAGAUGCAAGCAUCUAUGGUCUGUCACAAGUUCUUCAAACAAAGAACACAUGGAGAUGGUUUUGGUUGAUUCUAAGCGUGAUAUGAUUCAAGCUGUUGUCCCUGCUUAUUUGCUUUCGAAAUUCAAAUCUGAAAUUGAAACAGGAAACUCUUAUAUCAUGCAAAAUUUUAAAGUUGGGAAGAAUGAUUUUGCUUUUAAGUCGACAAAUCAUACAUACAAAUUGGUUUUUUGUGGGUCAAUUUAUGUUAAGAAAGAAGAAUUUCCUGACAUCCCUCAUAACUACCUUAACAUUAUUGGUUUAAAUUCCAUAGUUGAAGGAAGGUUUCAAUCAAAUGUUUUGGUUGAUUUGAUUGGAGGAAUCACUGAUAUCUCUCAAACCCAAGUUAACGGUGACAACAGCAAGAACAGAAUAGUUUUUUCAAUUGUAUAUGCUAGCAAAACAGUUAUACAAUGUACUCUUUGGGGGCAACUUGCAGUUCAGCUAUAUGACUAUUAUAAAAAUAAUAAGCAAGCCUCUGAUAUUGUCAUUGUGCUAAUAAAUGCAAGGGUUAAAGAGGCUCAAGAAGUCAAGAAUCUAAAAGAAAGACUUGGUGUUGAUUUGCCUUUGUUAUCAUCUUCAAGUGUACAAGUUGAGGCAACGCAAAACUCAUUUUAUUUUGACUAUGACAAAUUUGUUUGGAAGGCUGAAAUAAUGAGUCUCUCUGAGAUAACAAAUCUGCAACAUGAAACAACCUGUGUUACCGUUGCUACCCUCGAUAAGUUUGAUGCUGGACAGAUGGGAUGGUACUAUGAUGACUGUGUGGAAUGCACAAGGAGUGUGACUGCCAAGGAUGGAAAGCUGAAGUGUUUUAAGGAGCAUAUUAGCCCAGAACCUGUGCCACGGUAUAAGCUUAAUAUAACAACUGUUGACGGUAGUUCGAAGGCAAAGUUCGUCUUUUGGGACACAGACUGCGUGAAGUUAAUUGGGAAGUCUGCUCUUCAAAUGAAAAUGGAUUUAACACAGUCUGGUGAUUACGAUCCACUUGAAUUCCCUUACGAACUUGACUCAAUAUUGAAAAAUGAAUUGGCAAUUAGAGCUGUUUAUCAUCCUAAAAAUGGACGACUUUCGGUCAUUGGCUUCAAAACUGAUGAAGAUGUCCGAACCCGUAUCUGCAUCUGCAGAAAUGACCUGACCAUUGAAAAUUCAGGACUCAUUCCAUGUAAGAGACUUAUAAAUGAUGCAGUAGAAGAUAAUGAUAGUGUACAACAAUCAUCAACCAAGAUGGCCAAAGAUAUUAAAGAGGAGAAAUAG